GAUCUGUGGCUGGCAGUUCCUUCUCUUGUGCUCCCAAAAGGGCAAGGGGGUACAUUUACCACUACAAUAGAUUCCUGAUUUGGUGGCAGGUUGCUAUCUUAUCAAAUGCUCUCUCACGGCUUUCUCACUGGCUUACAUUCAUGUCAACUCCUCCCCCAAUUAGGAUGUUUUGCCCAGUUACCAACGUGAGACUGAACGUCGGUUGCACAAUUCUCUGAGCAGUUCCUUUGGAUUCAGAGUUGAUGCUGCAGGAAACAGGAACAGAGCAGACUAUAACUCAAGUGGAGAAACCUUAGGAAGAAAAGAACCUGGAGCCUGGACUGUCACAGCUGAUCGGGAGUAAUUCUAUAUCAGUGAAAGAGUUGGUUGGGACACACGGACAGCUCGCUUCCCAGGAAAGAUGGAGAAAACUAAUUCUCAUUCUGAAAAGGUGCAACGUUGCAACUCGAUUGAAAAGGCUGGAAACAAGGAAGAGGAAUCAGUGCCAUGUGACCAGCCGGCUCUCUGCAGACAACCAGCAAGGGCUGUCAGACCAAAGUUGGACAACCCCUUGACUAAGGGAUCCUGAAAGAUGUCUGAAAUCAACCAGACCCUGCUUUAGUGGAGAUGGCAAGAGGUUGGCGGCUAUCAAGAUUAGAUCAGCAAUAAAUAUCACCCAGUGGAAGCCUGUCUAGAUCUUUAACUUCUCAUUCCCCUUUUUAGAAGAGGUGGGGAAUGUUGUACGGCAACUGUAACUGCAAAGUAAAGCAGUUUGUUUCGGGUAAGUCUGCUGCAUGGCUAGCUCCGUUAGAUGUUUGGAUACUAUUGGCUUUUUCUCUUCCAGAGGGCAAAUCUACAUGUAUCAGAUUUCUCAGAUGCAGAAUUAGAAUUAUAGCUGAAUUCCUCCUCCUAGCUGCACUUCUCAUUUCUUGGGCAGUGAUGGGAUUUAAAACCCAGCAGUCAUGUCCACUCUCCAACUCUGCCUCAUGUCCAGUGAGCCGUUCCACCUCCUCAUGUGUGGAUGGCUGGAUCGGGUACAGAGGGAAAUGCUACUAUUUCUCAGAGGCUGAAGGGAACUGGACCUACAGCCAGAAUAAUUGCUCUUCCCUCGGUGCCUCCCUGGCUGUGAUUGACACCCGGCAGGACCUGGAUUUCAUACUGCGAUAUAAAGGCACCACAGAUCCGUGGAUUGGUCUCCAGAGGGGCUCUGAUCAUCACUGGAAAUGGGCAAAUGGCACCAAAUUCAACAACCUGUUUGAAGUCAGAGGAGAUGCAAACUGCGCAUUUCUGACGGGGACUGCAGUCAGCUCUUCAAGGUGCUACACCGUGAGAAGCUGGAUCUGCAACAAACCGUAUGCGUAAUAGAUGAAGGGAAAGUAACACGGACAUGCAGGGGGGAUGCCAGAAAUGAAGGACUUGAAUCACAGUUCGACUCUGAAAACCGAGAGCAAAAAACUGCACCUUAGGAGUACUGAUUUAUCAUCUCUUGGUGUCUCCAGAUCAGAUGGGCUCAUUUUACAAGUAAACAGAUGCUGCUGGAGUUCCUCCCCACCCCCACCCGCACCCCCUUUAGCUGCCAGCACCACAAGCUUGCUUCUGGGAUCUGAAAGUUAAGCUGGGUUCUCGAUUUCGUACAGCAUCUCCAGGGAUAAAAGUUCUGCGGGGCACAGAUGCUGUCCUUUGUGGACACCCAUGUUGUUCUUCCGUCCCUUUCCCGUCCUGCCUUCCGUGACCGCCAUGAGGCCCCCGUCCUCUUCCCAUGCUGCCCCUCUGACCCACACGGCCCCUGUCCCCUCCCUAUCCUGCCCUCUAUGACUUUCGCACCAUCCCCCCAUCACCUUGUCCAGCCCUUUAUUGACCCUCCUGGGAAGGGGGUUUGUGCGCACCUAUAUAUGCUCCUUGAAAUGUUUUUUAUCUUGGUUAUUUAUGAAGGCAGUAAUGGCUGAGCAGAUGCGUAUUACCCCACUGCCCUAAGUAUUUACACCUUGCUCGUUUCUGUGACCUCUGAGCCCCAGCAAUUCCAGGCUACGAGCCCAUAAAAGAAAUUGGAUCAAAAGCGUGAACAGUGUGUUGUCAUGAAUGUAGGGUUCAGAAUUAAAUCCUAGCCCCAGUAGGGUCAAUGGGACUUUUGCUGUUAAUGUCAAGGGGGCCGGAACUUCACCCUCUGUUUAUAUGCUCUUUGGGGUAUGGACCAUCUUUGUGUGCUGUGUUUGUACAGCCCCUAGCACAGUGGGGUCCUAGUCCAUGACCGAGGCAUUACUAUAGUACUACUACAAAAAAAGAGUGAUCAUAUGGACCUUUAGAUCAACACAAUAAUCAAGAAUAAAGCAGGAUUGCAUUCACAAUAGUCUGUUAGCCACUAUCGCCAAGCCCAAGUGUUCACAAAUCAGGAGUCAAAACAGUCCUGCGGUGCCUGCGGAUGGUCAAUGUGAACAAAAUGUCUCAUGGCCCGCCAGCAGAUUAUCCUGCUGGGCCACGUGUGGCCUGUGGGCCACAGGUUGCCCUCCACUGGACUAGAGACUUGCUUUUAUUUUAAUUCAAGCUGAGAUCAUCCUAUGAUCACAUGAGUCCAGGAGCUGGGGCUUUAAGAAACAGGCUGUCACAGGGCAUGGCUACCCCAUCAUGCGCCCUUCUGGUGGAGUGUGCCUCUGCAGGUGAACCCUGCCUCAGAGUCAGUUUCCACCUCUGAGGCAAGUCGUCUUGGCCUUCUGCAUGGGGUCUCUGUUGGCAAUUUCAUUCCGUCUUGCAGCGAAGUCACUACACAAAUUUAACCCCUUCCUGGGUAACAAAAGUUCAAGCCAACAAAAGGUUCUUCUGCUCCUUUUGGGCUCCUCUUUAGCCCACCUUCUGGGCUCAGUUCUCAGUCCCCUUUGGCCUACCUUUAGGUGCGUCUUUGCUCUGUUACAGAGCAUUGACUCUCUGGUUGCUUUUCCUGGAGUAACCUCUCAGUCUACCACUCACUGGAGUUUUCCCCCAGAAAAUGCUGAUUUGACAAAAUUUAAAAUAUUGUGCUGGAACAGAGUAAUUUCAUCAAAAUUUUCAUUGAGGAUGAAGAAGACCUUUCACCAACAGAAAUUGGUCCAGUAAAAGAUAUUACCUCACCCACCUUCUCUCUCUCAAAUGUAUAACUCCAACUCAUAAAACUCAUCACUGCCCAUAGACUAAAAUACAAAGCUUUCAUUUUUUCCCAAGAACGGACCACCAGGUUUAUAGCAGGAUGGCUCCCAUCUGACAAAUCCACUUGAAUUCAGUGUUGCAAGAUUCAGAAUUAAUCCGAUUCCUUCUGAUCAUCCCACAGCUGUUUCCUUCAGCAGAGCCAGUUACUGGGAACCUGCAAAAGAUCUGUGAUUUAAAAUGUGAUUUAUCACUACCGAUAUAAGAAGAUUUCAGGAGCGUCACCUGUUUGUCACUCUGAAGUCUAAAAUGUGUCUGGAGUCAGUGUGAAGCGAUGGAAUCAGCAACAAGCACGGUUGAGGGUUUGUUUUGUUCAGAAUAUCGCCAUGUUCGGUCACUAAAUAUCUUACAACUGAUCGUGUCAAGAUUAUGGCUCCAAAUGUGGCUGCAAUUGGCGGUGGGUGAAUAAUGUUUUUCCGGUUUGUUGGCAAUUUAGUCCACACGCAAAAAAAUUGUUUCUUGCUGGACCGAAACCAAAACUUGUUGAGAUUUUUGGCGAAUCAUAAAAUAAAAUUCAUUUGGGAUCCAACUAAACAUUUUGACAAAAUCGAAAUGUUCUGUUUCGAUUUUGACCAUUUUAAGACUUUUUUUCAAUUUUAAAAACAUAAAGUUAAAGGCAAUUUUUAAAUGAAAAGUAAUUUCAAUCCGAAAAAUGGAUAUAUUUUGUUGUCAUAGAUUCCACGGUCAGAAAGUACCAUUGUGAUUAUUUAGUCUGACCUCCGGUAUAAUACAGGCCAGAGACCUGCCCCAAAAUAAUUCCUAGAGCAGAUUUUUUAAAAAGCAUCCAAUCGUCAUUUAAAAAUUGCCAGUGAUGGAGAAUCCACCAAGACCCUUGGUAAAUUGUUCCAGUGGUUAAUUAUUCUCACUAGUAAAAAUUUACACCUUAUUUCCAGUCUGAAUUUGUCUAGGUUCAGCUUCAAACCACAGGAUCACGUUAUACCUCUCUCUGCUAGAUUGAAGAUCCGAUUAUUAAAUAUUUGUUCCCCAUGUAGAUACGUAUAGACAGUAAUCAAGUCACCCCUUCACCUUCUCUUUGUUAAGCUAAAUAGAUGGAGCUCUUUGAGUCUCGCACUAUAAGACAGGUAUUCUAACCAUUUAAUCAUUCUCAUGGCUCUUCUCUGACCCCUCUCCAAUUUAUCAACAUCCUUCCUGAAUUGUGGACACCAGAACUGGACACAGGAUUCCAGCCACUCUCGC